AUUUAAUAUCUAUUUAUUCUUAUGUAUAACACUAUGGAAAGUUGUGAAUUAAUAAAUGAACUUGAUGAAAAGAAAACACUGAACGAAACUACCCGAGAUUUGGAUAUUAAUUCAUCGAUUGAGAUUAUAUCGGUGAGAAGCGAAGAAAGUAUUCUUCAACAAGCAUCAAAGGAGAUCGAAGAAUUAUCUAAGUUACAUUCAAGUCAGUCCACAUUUCCAGACGAUGUAUCAAUCAAUAAUAUUGAAACAACUAUUACUAAGAGCAAUAAUGAUAAAGAAUCGUUACAAAAUCAAGUUAAGAUUGGGGAAAUUACACCAUUUCAAGCAAUUGAGAAACAUAAUACAAAAGCAGAAGAAGGAUCUACUGAUAAAUUAUCUAACUUAUUGGAUCUUCAAACGUAUUUUCAAAGACAAGCCGAACUUGCUAAACAGAAGAAAAAUUUGAAAAAAAAGUCAACACCGUUAAAUAAUGAAGAAAAUAAUUCAAUACCAAAGAAAAAAAUGAAGAUAGAAAAUAAUAAGUCAAAAUUAAGAAAUAAUAAUUCUAGAUCUUGUUCCAGUCGAAUGAAAACAAAUUCUGUUAAAGAUCUAGCUAAUACUUCUACUAAUGCAAAUAAAAAGGAAUAUAUAUCUAUAAAAUGUGAUGCUAAAGACAAUGUGAUAUCAGACAAUGAAACGAAUCGUUCUGGAAGUGAAUAUUUUCCUAGUGAUGAUGAAGAAGAUUCGGAUAUGGAACAAAAAAGAACUACUUCUAAGAAGAUACAUAGUAAUAGUUCAAAAUCCAAAUGCACCAGUACAAAGAAAAUAUUAGAUGAUGGGGAUGAACAGAUUUACUUACAAAGAGUAAACAAAAAUAAGAAUAUAAAAAAUGAAUCUGUACAUAUGGUGGAUAAUCUAUUUAAAGUACCUCAGUCUAUAUGGAGAAGAUUAUAUAAAUAUCAGAAAGUUUCUGUCCAAUGGUUAUGGGAGCUUCAUAAUCAUAAUUUAGGUGGUUUACUAGGAGAUGAAAUGGGAUUGGGCAAAACAAUACAAGUUAUUGCAUUUCUAGCUGGUUUAGAUUGCAGUGAAUUACUUUCUGAUGGAGGAAGAUUUAGAGGACUGGGACCAACAUUAAUUAUUUGUCCGGCAACUUUGAUGGAGCAAUGGGUAAAACAUUUUCAUGACUGGUGGCCUAUUUUAAGAGUUGCUGUACUACACCAUUGUGGAACGUAUGAUGAGGAUCCUGAGAGUUUAAUAAGUUCCUUAACAACUGGUGGUAUAUUGGUAACAUCGUACUCAGGUAUGCUUAAGCACAACGAUUUACUUAUAAAUACUCAGUGGCAUUAUGUAAUUCUUGAUGAAGGGCAUAAAAUAAGAAAUCCUCAAGCAAAGAUAAGCAAAGCAGUAAAGGCAUUUUCUACUCCACAUCGUUUACUAUUAACUGGUAGUCCAAUGCAAAAUUCAUUAAAAGAAUUAUGGUCUCUAUUUGAUUUUAUCUUACCCGGAAAGUUGGGCACAUUACCUGUAUUUUUGGAGCAUUGUGCUGCACCUAUAACUCGUGGUGGUUACGCCAAUGCUACAACUAUUCAACAAGCUACAGCAUUACAAAUAGCAACUAUGCUUAAGGACGCUAUAACACCUUAUUUACUUAGAAGAACUAAAGCAGAUGUAAAACGUCAUCUUAACUUACCGGAAAAAAAUGAACAAAUAUUAUUUUGUACUUUAACAGAUGAACAGAGAAAAUUAUAUAAAAAAUAUUUAUUAUCAGAGGAUGUAUCAUUUGUUUUACACGAAAAAAGUUCACUUCAAGAAACUGGGAGAUACAGAGCUCGCUUGUUGAUAGCUUUGUCUGCACUUAGAAAAAUAUGCAAUCAUCCAGACUUGUACCUUUACACAAAUCAAAUGGAUUCAGAUGCAGAUAUUGAUUUGGUAGAAGAAGACUUAGAGAAAUUUGGAUACUGGAAACGUGCUGGAAAAAUGGUUGUAGUACAGUCUUUACUUAAAAUAUGGAAAAAGCAAGGACAUAGAGUAUUGUUAUUUACUCAAGGAAGACAGAUGAUGCAUAUUUUGGAAUCUUUAUUGCAACGAGAAAAUUAUUCUUAUUUAAGAAUGGAUGGUACUACACCUAUGUCUCAACGUCAAGAAACUAUUUACACCUUUAAUAAUAAUACCUCGUAUUUUAUAUUUCUACUAACAACACGUGUAGGAGGAUUAGGUGUGAAUUUAACUGGAGCAGAUCGUGUAGUUAUUUACGAUCCUGAUUGGAAUCCUGCAACUGAUACACAAGCGAGAGAACGUGCUUGGAGAAUUGGACAAGAUAAAAAUGUUACUAUUUACAGACUCAUAACUGCUGGUACUAUAGAAGAAAAGAUAUAUCACAGACAAAUAUUUAAAUUAUUGCUUUCAAAUAAAGUAUUGGAUGAUCCAAGACAAAGAAAAAUUUUUAAAACGACAGAUUUAGUAGAACUAUUUAAUCUCAAUGAACCUAUAAAUGGACAAUCGUCUGAAUCAGAUCGUUUGUUUAAAGAUUCUAAAUUAACACCCACUUCAUUAAAAUUUUCUUCGAAUAAGAUUAAAAAAAUGAAAAAACUGGCUUCGACUCUUAGCAAAAAUAUAAGUAAGCAGAUGAUAACAAAUGAUCUAACAAAGAAAAUAGAUGAUAAAGAGGAUAAUAUCAGCAUUACCAAUAAAAUACAAACUAAUAAUUUACAUAAUAAUGAAAAUAAUCUGAAUACAUCUGAAGAAGUUAAUUCUGUUAAUGUCAAUUUGAAUGAGACUAGCACUUUAUCCAAUCACAGUAAUAACAAUAAUAAUAAUAUUUUAAGUACUCAAUACAGUAGCAUAACAGUAGAAGAACUGGAUGGUAAAAAUACAAAAAAAGAUGAUCUUAAAACUGAUUCGAGUUCUGAUAAAGAAACAUCUUUAUCUGAUAUAAUUGUAGAUAAUACGAAAGAAGAUGAUACUUCAGAAGUUAGUCAAUUAACAUUGGAAACAAAAACUGAAUGUUUCACUGACAAUAUUAACGAAACAAAAUUGCAUGAUAAUCUUUGUAAUAAAAAUCACAAAAAAAAGAAAUCACGUAGAGAAAAGCAUAAUAUUUCUGCUUUAUUUGAAGGCGAGCAUGUAUCGCAUUUGAUAGGAAGACGUUUAAUUAAAUCACAUAUAGAAGAAUCUCCACAAGUUUCUGAUGACGAAUAUGUAUUAAAACAAUUAUUUGCCAAUUCAACUGUAAGUUCAGCUUUUGAACACGAAGCAGUUUUAUCAAAUACACAUCAAAAUGUAAAGGAUGAAAAUGUAAUGCAACGACUGGCACGUGAAGCAGCACAAGAAAGUAUGGAUUUUGUUCGUAAAUCUCGCAAAUGGUGUUCGAUACCAACAUGGAAUAAAUCUUAAUUUAUAAGAACUGAUAUAGAUUUAUAAAUAUUUAUAAUAAUAUGAUUUAAGACUGCUAUCAU